AUGCCUCUCCCUGGUACCGUCGAGUUGCCCGCGGCCUUUGACGCCCAUGUCCACUUGCGUGACGAUGACAUGCUCCAGAUCGUCGCUCCGACUGUUCGCCCCGGAGGGGUCAACCAGGCACUGAUCAUGCCUAACCUGCAAAACAACCUGGUGACGAGCGUCAAGCGGGCUCUGGACUACUCAUCGCGCAUCAAGGCGGCCCUGGGCAAGGACGAGGUCGACCUGCUCAUGACUCUCUACCUUCACCAGGACGUCACGCCCGAUACCAUCAGAGAGGCCAAGAAGGCCGGUGUCGCCGCAGUCAAGAGUUACCCUGCCGGCGUCACCACGAACAGCGCCGAUGGCGUCGUCGACUACGAUGCCUUCCACGAGGUCUUCAAGGCCAUGGAGGAGGUUGACCUGCUUCUCUGCCUCCACGGAGAGUGCCCUUCCCACGCUGGGAGCGACAUCACUACGCUCAACGCCGAGUCUAAGUUCCUCCCCACGCUGAAGGCGCUUCACGCCAAGUACCCCAAGCUCAGAAUCAUCCUCGAGCACUGCACAACCGCUGAGGCUGUUGCAGCCGUCAAGUCAUGUGGCCCCAACGUCGCCGGCACCAUCACUUGGUAUGUACCCCAAACCUACCUCAAGAAGGAACACAGUCCUGACCAAGUCGAUAGCCACCACCUUUUCAUUACCAUCGACGACGUCGUCGGUGAUGCGCUCAACUUCUGCAAGCCCCUCCCCGCCGACCGCAAAGCCCUCCUCAACGCCGUAGUCAACAGCAACGGCAAGUUCUUCCUCGGCACCGACUCCGCCCCGCACCCCAUCACCGCAAAGACGGGCCCCUCCAAGGCCGCCGCCGGCGUCUUCACCCAGCCCUACGCCGUCCAGUACCUCCUCGCCGCCCUCGACGAGGCCGUCGUCCGCGGCGAGCUCGCCGACGCCGACAUCACCCAGGAGGCCCUCGAGGGCUUCGUCAGCGGCUACGGCCGCAAGUUCUACGGCACCGAGGACACCAGGAAGGAGCGGAUCCGCCUCACCCGCGAUGGCGGCGCCGUCGUUCAGCAGACGUUUGAGGGUAAGGGGAUCCAGGUUGUGCCGUUCCGCGCUGGUAAGGAGACUUGGAGUCUGACCUGGCUGUAA